CCCAUCCCAUCCCAUCCCAGACCUUCCUUCUCUUUCCUCUUUCUUACGGCCAUCCAACACUCUUUUGCCACAUACUACUACUACUACUACUACUACUACUACUACUACUAGUACUACUACUACUGCUGCUAGACUUUGAUCAUUUCAAGUCUCUCCUCCUCUACUAAGAUUUUUUUGUAAAUCGUUCCUUCGUUUUUAAUAAUAUACCACGACCAUCGACUCGAUUCCAUCUUUUCUUGAGCUCAUCGACUUUCGACUUCUUCUAUUCACUCACUCACUCAUCAUAAUCCAUCAAUUUUCGACUUAUUCUCUCUUAAUUGUGGAAUUCAUCCAUCCAAUUACCAAAACAUCAUCCAUUCGCUGAUUAACAUAUCAACAACAAUACAAUAAUAAUCAUCAUGCUCUCAAAGACUCUCUUCGCCAUUGCGGCUUCGCUCUCAACCGCAUCUGCUGUUAACCAAGGUUUCAAUUAUGGUGCAACAAACGCAGAUGGAUCGUACAGAGUUCAAGCGGAUUUCCAGGCUGCUUUCGAGGCUGCCAACUCUCUGGUUGGUACCUCGGGUUUCACCAGUGCCAGAUUAUACACCAUGAUCGUAAGUUUUCAGAAUCUCUCUUGGUCUUGUAGACACUGACAAUCUUUUACAGCAAGGUUCUACCACUGGUCCAACUUCAGCUAUCCCAGCCGCUAUUGCCUCAGAUACAACUCUUCUCCUCGGUUUAUGGGCAUCUGGUGGAGCUGCCGGAUUUGCUGCUGAGCUCAACGCUCUCAAGACAGCCAUCACACAAUACGGUUCAGCUUUCACAAGCCGUGUCGUUGGUAUCUCUGUAGGAUCCGAGGAUUUAUACAGAAACUCCCCAACUGGUAUCGCUGCCAAGGCUGGAUAUGGCGCCAACCCCGCCGACCUUGUCGACUACAUCAAGCAAGUUAGAGAUGCAAUUUCUGGUACUGCUUUGAGUGGUGCUUCCAUUGGACAUGUUGAUACCUGGACUUCUUGGGUCAACGGAUCUAACAACGCUGUCGCCGAGGCUCUUGACUGGGUUGGAAUGGAUGCGUAAGUUUCCCAUUUCUUGAUUGCUACUGGUAACUAACAAAUCAUUUAUACAGUUACCCAUACUUCCAAGAUUCCGAGGCAAAUGGAGUCAGUGAAGGAAAGUCUCUCUUCAAUGCCGCAUUGGCCGCUACACAAUCUGCUACCGGAAAGACCGUUUGGGUUACUGAGACUGGAUGGCCCGUUACUGGUGCUACGGCUGGUGAUGGUGUUCCAAGCACUGCUAACGCCAAGACAUACUGGGAUGAUGUUGGAUGCCCUAACUUUGGAAAGAUCAACAUGUACUGGUACACUCUUCAAGAUCAAAAUGCUGCUGGCUCCGUCACUCCAUCUUUUGGUAUCGUUGGUAGCACUUUGAGCACCACUCCAUUGUUCGAUCUCAGCUGUUCCAACACUACAUCAAGCAGCUCAUCUACUGCAUCUGCCUCUGCAUCUUCCAAGGCCACCAGCGGUCUUGCCUCAUCUCUCGCAUCUGCCGCCACUGGAGGAUCUGUCGCUUCUGCCGGCAGUGGUCUCUCUCCUUCUGGUAUGGGAGCCGGUAUCUCUUCUUCUGCUGUCUCUGGUGCUGCUGCCCCAACUGGAACAGGUUCAGCAGGUUCCUCAUCUGGUGGAUCAACUAACGGUACUUACACUGCUUCUACUCUCAGAUCUGCAUCGGGCUCAAGUGCUACAGGAACAUCCACCUCGGGAUCGUCUGGAUCCGGAUCAGGAUCAUCGGGAUCCUCUUCUUCUCCAUCCUCGUCGACCGGUGGUGCAGCAUCCCUUACGGGAUCUGUUGCUCUAGCUCUUGGAGCUGUCUUUGCCGUUGCAGCUGCUUUGUAAAUGAAAUAAGUUGUGUUUAUGGGAAGAAUGAGUGGAUUGCAUUAAAUGGGUAGCAUUAAAAUGGGAGAAUUAUGGUUGUUUGGCUUUUGCUUUUACCUUGCGACAUCUGUUUUUUUUGGUGGCGGAUUAAUACCACAAUGACGCGAUAGAUGGAGUUUUUACAUUAAACAAACAUGACAUUGAGUGGAUUAUUGUUAAAUUAGACCAUGAGACACUCCUUUUAACAAACAAUUGAAAAUUAUUGAACUUUAAUG